ACCUGUCCCUCGUUACCUAUUGUUGUGUUUUGACAGACGACUAAGACGAGAGGAAGGCAAUGGAUUAACAAGAUUGAGAGCCUCCUACAAGGAACCCAAAAUGCCAGAGUAUUUAGGAUUAGGAUGGAGAUAAGUGAGCGCUGGGUAGACAGCAGUAACUCGAAGGUAUCCAGCUGUUGUAUGGGUAUCGCUUGAUACCUAGAGAUGCCACUUCCCUGGAUGACAGGAAAUACUGACUCAUCUGAGAAAAUGGGAAGCAUGUCAGAAUUGCGACCUCUCCUUCGGGAGAUGAAAGCGCACAGGGAGGACAUGUCGGGGGACCGCAAUUCGGGAUGUCGGUCCUCUGCAGCCAUGGGAGGCUCUGGGGGACGUAGUUCAAGUGGGAGAGGAUCAGGUGGCCGUGGCCAGAAAUCUACCAAACGUGGUGGUUGGGAAGAUGCAUGUGUAGAGUUCUACCGAGAGGCAUACCCUACCUCUGUUGACAACAUCUAUGACACAAGGAUCACUACACUUCUGCCUUCCAAGAGGUACAAUGUUAAUUCCCUUGGUAGAGGGACUGUUCGUCGUCGAGCCUCACAGAGAAGUCGAAGAUGUCAACCAACGACGACAACAGCAACCUUGGUACAUACCAGCAGAAGAGGGUCAGACACGUACCUUGAAGUUCUCCCAGAUCUUACGCAAGGAGUAGAUGAAGAGGAGACUUGGGAAAAACUUCAGCAAAUUCGAGCACAUGCUGUUCCCAUGGAAGAGAAGCGAAAACUUAAACGAACACUCCAAUCGGCUCCAACACUGAGGACGCGUGGUCUGGCAGCCUUCAAGUUGUCAAGGCGAAAAUUUUGGACACAGGCAAAGAAUAGGCUACGAGAGAUGAUUUCGAAGAUAGAAUUGUGUUAUUGGAGUUUACGUUACGUAGAAGGAAAUUUUGGCACAGGCCUUGUGGCUUUCUUUACAUUCAUUAAGUGGCUGCUGUACCUGAAUCUCUUCACCUGUGUCUUGUUAGCUGUGUUCAUUCUUGUGCCACAGAUUGUUCUCACACAUCCAAAGGAUGACUGCAGCACGGAGAUCAAUCCUAUUCUGGGUGACGAUAAUGGCACAUCCUUCGAUUAUGAUAACCAAACCAACUGCUGCUAUGACGAAUACCGGAAACAUGUGCUCAACAAAAAAUCUAAAAAAAAUGACACUCUUGAUGUUAUCCAGAUGGUGCAAGAUGGCGUUCAAGGAACGGGUGUGCUGGAACUUUCAUAUCUUUUUUAUGGUUCAUAUCCAAGACAUAAACUAACCCUUAUUGAAUCUCGAGACUGGAAAUAUAAUUUGCCAUUAGCAUACCUGUUAGUGGUGGUGGUGACACUAGUCCUUAGUCUAGUACUCAUGGUGCGCGAAGCUGCUCGUGGUCUGAGAGAGAGUCUCAGGUCAUCAGAGGGACAGUUUUAUCAGUACUGCAAUUUAAUAUUUGGAGGUUGGGACUACUGCAUUGAGAACAACAAAGCGGCAUCUAUCAAAAAGAAAGCAAUAUAUAAUGAACUCUGUAACCACUUAGAGACAGAGAGAUAUAAUGAUGAAAAGGAACAGAGAACCAAAAGAGAAAGAUGCCGAUUGUACUUUGUGCGUCUCUUAGUUAAUAUGGUGGUGUUGUCAUUACUCUGUGCUUCCUUCUCUGCCAUCUUCUACAGCACCUCUCUUGCCUUUAACCAACUCAAGGUUUUGAAGGAGAGUGCAGAGGAAGAAUCUUUUAAACUCAAGAUCCUUUUGUAUGAGUAUCUCCCCUCUGCUGUCAUUGUCACACUUAACAUCAUCAUCCCUUUCUUACUCAGGAUGCUUGUUGAGUUAGAACAUUAUACACCCAACUUUAUAUUGGUGCUGACACUGAUCCGCACAGUGUUCCUACGGCUGGCCUCACUUGUCGUCCUCCUCUUCUCCAUCUAUCAAGGCAUCAGCCAGUGUUCUCCUCCAGAGCCUGGCAAUUGUGUAAAUGAAAAAUGUGAUAAACCUAGAUGUUGGGAGACAUACGUAGGUCAGCAGCUGUACAAAUUGACAAUUUUGGAUUUGAUUAUUAUGUUUACAUCAACUUUCCUGGUGAACCUGCCCCGCAAGUGUAUUGGCCACAAGCUCAUGCGCGGCAGUCGUAUUGGGGCUGCCAUAGGAGAUAUAGAGUUUAUAAUUCCAAAGCAUGUGCUGGAUAUUGUGUAUGGCCAGACACUGUGCUGGCUUGGGAUGUUUUACUCUCCGAUACUUCCGGCAGUGACUGGCUUCAAACUAGUUCUUGUGUUCUACAUAAAAUAUUUUGACUGUACAGUGAAUAGUAGUCAGUCGUCUCAACUCUACCGAACAUCUCGCUCAAAUGCCCUCUUCAUCAGCAUUCUCCUCGUGUCCUUCAUUGUUACUAUUAUUCCUGUUGGCUAUUCUAUUGCUGAAAUAAAGCCUUCAGUUGCAUGUGGCCCAUUUAGGAACCUUAAUACCAUCUGGAGUGAAAUGGUUGGGGUCAUAUCAGAGUCUCCCAGCUGGCUAAAGACUGUGUUGUUCUUCAUUGGCACAGCAGGUUUUGCUGUUCCAGCCAUUAUUAUACUUAUCCUGGCCUGGUAUUAUUACUAUGCUGUCGCUGCAGCCAAUAAGCACAUGGUUGCUCUACUGAAAAAUCAAUUGAUCCUGGAGGGGCAUGAUAAGCAGUUUCUCUUGUCAAGAUUGGAUCAUAUGAUUAAGAAAACAGCAGAAGAGGAGGAAGCAGCUAGGUCUUCCAGCAAUGCUGAAGAAGAGACGGGACAUAGUAAUGACCAAACUCUAGAAGCUUAAUUAAGGUUGUAUUCAUGAUAUUGGAGUAACAAAUUAUAAGAUGUACACUUUGUUAUUAUAAUUGGUAAAGUUUUUCACCCCUAGCUGUUAUCUGUAAUUAGGGGUUCAAACAUAAAUACCAUUACUACUUACAUAUAAGUAGGAUUAACAUAAUUGUUGUAACAGGCUUUAAAAUACAGAAUAAAUAAACAAUAGAUACACACACACACACACAGUAACAGGCAUUGAUAAAAUUGAUAGGGAAAAUUUCCUGAAACCUGGAUCUUUCAGAACAAGAGGUCAUACAUUUAAACUAAUUAAACAAAGAUGCCGAAGAAAUAUAAGAAAAUUCACUUUCACAAACAGAGUGAUAGACGGUUGGAACAAGUUAGGUGAGAAGGUGGUGGAGGCCAAAA